CGCGCUUGGCACCGUCUCCUCUUUCCCCGUCCUUUAUAAGUUCUUUACGUCUCACCACCACCUCCGCUCUUUUUCCAAACCCUCACCCUCACCGUCCGACACAGUGACGACGAUGGCCCCCGUGCAAGUUAAGAAGAUCUGCUGCAUUGGUGCAGGCUAUGUCGGUGGCCCGACGUGCGCCGUCAUCGCGCUCAAGUGCCCCGACAUCACCGUGACCAUCGUCGACCUCAACCAGGCGCGCAUCAACGCGUGGAACAGCGCGGACUUUGACCUGCCCAUCUACGAGCCCGGCCUCGAGGACGUCGUCCGCCAGGCGCGCGGCCGGAACCUCUUCUUCUCGACGGACGUGGACAAGGGCAUCAAGGAGGCGGACCUGAUUUUCGUCAGUGUCAAUACCCCGACGAAGAAGGCGGGUGUUGGCGCAGGAUUCGCGGCUGAUCUGAACUACGUCGAGCUCGCGACGCGUCGCAUCGCGGCCAUCGCCGAGUCCUCCAAGAUCGUCGUGGAGAAGUCGACUGUUCCCUGCCGCACCGCCGAGUCGAUGCGCACGAUCCUCGAGGCCAACUCGAAACCGAACUGCAAAUUCCAGAUCCUGUCCAACCCUGAGUUCCUCGCCGAGGGCACCGCGAUUCAGGAUCUGCUGAGCCCGGACCGCGUACUCAUCGGGUCGCUGCAGACGCCCGAGGGCAAGGACGCGUGCGCGAGCCUCGCGGACGUGUAUGCGCACUGGGUGCCUAAGGAUCGCAUCCUCACUGUCGGCCUCUGGUCCUCGGAGCUCUCGAAGCUCGCCGCGAACGCGAUGCUCGCGCAGCGCAUCUCGUCCAUCAACGCGCUCUCCGCGAUCUGCGAGGCGACCGGUGCGAACAUCGACGAGGUCGCACACGCGGUUGGGCGCGACUCGCGCGUCGGGUCCAAGUUCCUGCGCGCGUCCGUCGGCUUCGGCGGGUCCUGCUUCCAGAAGGACAUCCUCAACCUCGUGUACCUGAGCGAGAGCCUGCACCUGCCCGAGGUCGCAGCGUAUUGGCGACAAGUGGUAGAGAUGAACGAGUAUCAGAAGAGGAGGUUCAGUAAGAGGGUCGUGGACACGCUGUUCAAUACCAUUACUGGCAAGCGCAUCGCUGUGCUGGGCUUCGCGUUCAAGGCGGACACUGGUGACACUCGCGAGUCGGCGGCUAUCAGCCUCGUCCGCGACUUUGUCGCCGAGCGCGCGCUCGUGAAUAUCUACGACCCCAAGGUCCCGCACGAGCAGAUCUGGCUCGACCUUGCCGAGGCCAUGCCUACAACUCCCAGCGCCACCAUCCAGAAGCAAGUCACGCUGUCUCCCUCGGCUCUCGAGGCAUGCAAGAACGCUGAGGCGGUCGUGAUCGCGACCGAGUGGAAGGAGUUCAAGACAAUUGACUGGGAGACGGUGUACGCGGGGAUGAACAAGCCCGCGUUUGUCUUUGACGGCAGGAUGAUCGUCGACGUCGAGAAGCUCCGGAACAUCGGGUUCAAGGUGACUGUCAUCGGACGGGGCGAGCGUCUCUGAGAAGUACAGCACUUCAUCAGCAUAUUCAGCUUGGACUGUAGGACUUUCUUGGUGGGCGUUUCGUAUUUCCCUCCUCCACUCUUUGUAGUAUCGACGAGCGAUUAACUCUAGACCUGUAUACCUCCCUUAAUAAACAUUAGACGUUUGCCUGGUCAUCACGUAUCUACGACGUCAGCAGGGGCAGAUGUAGAUGGGGAUG